AUGAGCAAACCCAAGAUUUCAAUAUGCCAGAUAAAAAGCGUCGGCGACAUCAAGGGGUGGAGCUUGAAAGGAAUAGAGUCAUGCAAAAAAAAAAUAUUCGGGUACGCAGAAAAUAUGCCCGGCGAAAAAAACUGGAUCAAACCGCUAAUCGGGAAAAGCAUGCAAAAUUAUUAUUUCCCGUCAAAAUAUCUGCACCUCGAUUUUAACUUAAAGGAGUACAUGAGGAUGCAGACUGUGCGUUUUAAAAAAAAGGAGAUAGACGACAGCUUAAUUAAUUUGCAGAAAUGCAUUAACCUCAUAAUUGAGAACAAAGACAAGGUGGAAAAAUUUUUAGCAAGCAUACCAAAGGAGUUGUAUCUGGAAAAUCAGAGUUUGAAAGAUUUUUACUCCCUAUAUUUGACCGUCUUCCCCGACCAUAAAGGUCAGGACGAAGAGAAGUACCAACACAAACACACGUUAUCUCCCGAUGAUUUAAGAGAGUUAAAUUUGCACGAACACAAAUUUAGUUGGUUCAAACAGCCAGUGAACAAUGGCAGGGAAAUGCAAUCGGAUAAGUCCAAUUUUGGGGACUCCCCUUUUUGCACACAAAAUGAAAGUGAAAGCGAAAAUUACCUGAACAAGUCAGGCAAAACGGAAGAAAGGAAGGUGACAUCCGAAUUUGAGGAGAAGGAAAAAAGUGAAAUGCGCCAAGAGGUAUGUGAAGAGGGAACAGCACACACGAACAGUUAUGACAAAAUAAUUUUUGCCAAAACGAGGGGAAGACUGUCAUUUAAGAGGAUAAUACUUGGGGAAAAUUCUCCCGGACGUGGGGAUAAAUCGCUCAAGCGAUCGAAUUGUGAGAGGGAAGUAAAUACAGCGGGCGAACAGCUACACUACGUAGACUGUGACGUGAACAUAGGACUGGAGGAGCGCCGAGAAAAAACAAAGGCAGAAAUGGAGGAACACGAAAGAUCAAAAAAUCACUUUUUAAAUUUGUUAAGCCAAAAUGAACAUUUACAAAAUACUUUUUCCAUCAGAAACAGGUUUAUCGACCCGCUGUAUCUCCGACGGAGGUACUCCUUCAUUGACAAAUUAACAAAAAAGAAAAUAAAAAAAGAAAAGUAUAAAACUUACAGGAAGCACUUCAUUCAGCAUGCCGAUGAGAAGGAAGUGUGGCCAGAUAACAAGGGACUGCUCAACAAGGUUUACCCAAAUCCCUACCCUGUCGCACGCAAAAACAUGGAGAGACAGCAACGGGCAUACGCGAAGAAGUUCCAGCUGGAGUACCCCCAGCGGCUGGGCGGACUCCAUCUGGGCCUCCUUUUGAAUACGCCGCUGUUCAACCUCCUGCCGAAAAGGAACGUCCACCUUGACAUGAUUCAUCUAGAAAAAGAAAGGGAAAAAUUACUAGUGGACAUGCAAAAUGAAAGAAAUAUAAAAAAUAAAGAAAAGGUACACAUACUAAAUACGUACUAUACGGACAACGAACAGUUGGUUUACUCCACACUGGCUUCAUUUGUUGAAUUAAAAAAAUAUUCCUUUGAGGGGUAUGUCAUGUCCACCUUUGCUAUUAAAGUAAACCCUUCUUAUUACUCUGCGUGGAUGUAUAGGAGGAAGUGUCUGCGCAAACUGAAUUUGAAUUUGCGAAAUGAAUUGCUCUUUACAAAGUGUGUUAUAUGCGACAAUAUAAAAAGUUUCCAGAGUUGGUUUCACCGGAGGUGGCUCAUCGAGUAUAUUUGGAAACAGGCAAGGAGGGGUACACGGCAGGGGGGACAGGCGGAGAGGGUGAAUCGGGAGAAGCACGAAAUUGAUUGGGACAGUUACGACUUGGAGGACGAGAGGCACUUCAUCAGCAGCGAUGGCAGCAAUGGCAGUGGUAGCACCGAUCAUCGUGGCAGUUUUGGCAACCCUGCAGAAGAGAAUCCCCCUAAGGAAGACGCCUUUUUAAGCAACUGCGAGGAAGCAGACUUUGAGGCCGAAAAAAAGGAUGUCGUCAUUCUGCACGAAGAUUUGCAAAACCUUGUCGAAAGCUGCGAAUUUUUCAAAAACGCAUUAAGAUCAAACGAGGAGCUGAUAAACGUAGACGAAUUCUUAUACGAAGAAAUGCUUUACAGUAACUGCGAUAUAUUUUUGGACGCAAAAAAUUACAACUCCUGGGCACACAAAACAUGGCUAAUUGAUAAAUUAGGCAUUUUUAACAAUAAAUAUUUACGUGAAAAAUAUAAUAUUAUAUCACAUGAAUUUAACUUUAUCAAUUAUUUUUUAAAACAUGACAUUUACAACAACUCCGUGUGGGUAUACAGAUAUUUUAUUUUCACCAAAUUGAAAUACACACGUAAGUUACACAAAAUGGAGAGGGAAAUUAAAUUCUGCUUAAAUUAUGCCAAACAGUUCCCCCAUAAUGAGGCCAUUUUCAAGUACCUCUUUCGCGUAAUUUUUAUGUAUACCCAUUUGUACAAAAAAAAAAAAAAAAAUGUGAUGGACAUUUUCGAAAUUCCGUUACUCCUCAAUUUUAAAGAACAGUUAGCAAAACUGACCGAUCAGUCGAAAUAUGUCUUGAUUUUCCUCUCGGAGCUUUACUCCUUCAAUGGGCAGCGGGUCCAGGAAGUGCAGUGCUAUAGGUAUCUGGAAAAAAACGACAAUUUUAACGAUGCUCUGUGGAGAUACAGAAUUGAGGAAAUCCAAAUGAAGCAACCACGUCAGGCUAAGUCGAUUUGA